GACCCAUCUAAUGUGGGUGGCGUAGGCGCGUGGUGGACAGACUUUUGUUCCCGCACGAUUUGGAGUGCGGGGUGUGGUUCUGCUUUCUCGUCCCUCGUCAGAGCCGAGCCCCUCGCCAUCGCUGCCAUGUCGUCGGUGCCGGGCAUGCAGGCGAAGGCGGCGCGUGCGCACAGCCUGCUCGAGCACACGGCCGCGCUCGACAUCGACUCGGAGCCGGGCAUGGUGCGCAAGACGGGCAUCAUCUGCACCAUCGGGCCGGUCACGCGGUCGGUGGAGAAGCUGGUCCAGCUGAUGGAGACCGGCAUGAACAUCGCGCGCAUGAACUUCUCGCACGGCACGCACGAGUACCACGCCGAGACGAUGGCGAACGUGCGGCGCGCGUGUGAGGUGUGCAGCCAGAAGGCGGGCCGCCCGGUGCCCAUCGGGAUCGCGCUCGACACGAAGGGCCCGGAGAUCAGGACCGGGCUGCUGGAGGGCGGUGCGUCGGCCGAGGUGGAGCUGGUCACCGGCGAGACGAUCAAGCUGACCACCGACAAGGCGAAUGCCGACAAGUGCAGCAAGGACGUGCUGUACGUCGACUACGUCAACAUCACGAAGGUGCUGCAGCCGGGCAGCAGGGUGUUCGUCGACGACGGGUUGAUCUCGCUGGUGGCGCGCGAGAUCGGCGCCGACUUCGUCAUCUGCGAGAUCGAGAACGGCGGCAUGCUGGGCUCGAAGAAGGGCAUCAACCUGCCGGGCACGCCGGUUGACCUGCCGGCCGUGUCGGAGAAGGACCGCGGCGAUCUGCUGCUGGGCGUCGAGCAGGGCGUCGACAUGGUGUUCGCCUCGUUCAUCCGCAACGCGGCCGGCGUGCGUGAGAUCCGCGACGUACUCGGCGAGAAGGGUCGCGACAUCAAGAUCAUCUCCAAGAUCGAGAACCACCAGGGCAUCCGUAACAUGAACGAGAUCAUCGCGGCGUCCGACGGCGUGAUGGUCGCGCGCGGCGACAUGGGCAUCGAAAUACCCGCCGAGAAGGUGUUCGUCGCGCAGAAGGCGCUCAUCACGCGCUGCAACAUCGCCGGCAAGCCGGUCAUCUGCGCCACGCAGAUGCUGGAGUCGAUGGUGAAGAAGCCGCGCCCCACGCGCGCCGAGGUCUCCGACGUGGCCAACGCCGUGCUGGACGGCAGCGACUGCGUCAUGCUCUCGGGCGAGACGGCCAAGGGCGACUUCCCGCUGCAGUGCGUCUCCAUGAUGAGCCGCGUCUGCCGCGAGGCGGAGGCCACCGUCUGGCACAACAGCUUCUACACGGACAUGUCAGGCCGGGUGGACGUGUCCGACCGCGUCACGUCGGUGGCGCUGGCGGCCGUCGGCGCCUCGCUGAAGAUGCAUGCGGCGGCUAUCGUCGUGCUCACCACCACGGGCAAGUCGGCGCACAUGCUGUCCAAGUUCCGGCCCCAGUGCCCGAUCUUCGCGGUGACGCGGUUCCCGCAGGUGGCGCGCCAGUGCCACCUGUACCGCGGCAUCUUCCCGCUGGUGCACACGGCCGAGCGCGUGGCCGACUGGCUGCAGGACGUCGAGCAGCGCGUGCAGUACGCCGUCGACUUCGGCAAGGCGCACCACCUGGUGGCGGAGGGCGACCCGGUGGUCGUCAUCACCGGCUGGCAGGCGGGCGCCGGCUUCACCAACACCAUGCGCGUCAUGUACGCCUAGGCGCGGCGCGUGACGCCGGCGGCCGGCAGAACCGGUUGUCCGUAGUCGUUGUUAGCUGACGUCCGGGUGCGGCGUGUAGAGCCGGUGGCAGAGCCCAGGCAAAGUCGGGUGCACGUACCGGUUGUCGGCGCUGCUGCUGUUGGGGGCUGCGGUGCGGGAGCCGGGUUUUGCUCCCCGUGAUGCGAUUCGAAGACGACUUGUGGUUGUGCGGAGGGUGGCGUCGGAGGGGGGUGGGGGAUCCCCGGACGCGCCCCUGGGAAUGUUCUAGUGGAAUCCGGCCGAUUCGGCUUGUUGUGGCUGUAGCUUGUCUGUGCGGGACGGAGCCAGUGGCAUUACGCCCGGCUUGUGGUGAUGUGAUCCUUGCCAAUUGCUCGUAGUUCCUAGUGCCGUUCCUGACCUAUUUUGCCUGCCGGCUCGACACGUAUUGCCAGAGCUAUUAUUGUUCAAUGUGCAGGAAAUGUAGAACUGCUGACGUUAAUGUCCAACCCGUAACGCUUUUGUUGUCAGGGACGUUGUACUCGCAAUGCUUUCGGAGCCCUCAUCAUGGGGCACUACCAUGACUCGUUUUGCAUAAUAUGUUUGUAGUUACUUGAUUGGCGUACUGGCAGCUAAGUUUUCACUCCCUGCAGUGGGGAAAAUGACAUUUACUUGACGGGUUGCGUCUUCGCAAUGUUUACAAACUGGCGACCCUUAGUAGACCUUAGGCGCGCCAAGGACUGUAACGGACGCACGUUCUCGCGUGCGUAUUUCCGAAUAGGUCCCAGCAUGCGUUGUUGCCCCUUUCGGCCUGUUCGCGGCCACAACGACUCCCAAGCGGAACUGUGUGUCGCGUUUCACGCCGUGUUUGAAUCUGCGUAGCCAGCCUCCGGUCUAGUCUCGGGCCGCCAGUUGUGCAAUUUGUUACUAGCAAGACUCACGUUUUCUCAGGUUUUCCCCGGUUGUGUUACCGUGCCGCCGAUGUUCCUUAAUUGCAGGUUUGUCUAAUAAACGGUCGUCGACGA